AUGCAAAAAUUUAUUACAAAUAAUGAUAUUAUCUAUUUGAAUGUCGGUGGUGAGAAAAUUGUUACAUCGAGAGGAACGUUGACAUUGGUACCCGGAACAUUGUUAUCAACGAUGUUUUCUGGAAAAUGGGAAGACAACAUAAUGAAAGAUAAAGAUGGUUACAUUUUCCUUGACUAUAGUCCUGCACUUUUCAAAUGUCUUAUUGACCAAUUGAGAGAAUGGAAUGAUACUGUUUUCGAUGAAGAAGAAAAAGUAUUUGGAUUACCUGCUGGUUUUGAGCAGCAAUUUCAAAUAUUCAUUCAACAGCUCGGAUUUGAUAGCAAAUAUGUGAAUAAAUCGGCAAGUAGCAAUAUCCAAGAAAGCAAUCAAGAAAGAUUUAAUAAAGUGGUUGGCAAAAUAGAGCUUGCAGAUAAUGGUAAAGUGGCUAGACAUGACGCAAGUGUCACACAAUCAGAAGUUCGAGCUUGUCCAUUUCCAUGGCAAUUAAACGUCAAUCUGUAUAAUCCAAACACUAGUAUUCGAAUAUUAUCGUAA